AUGGUUAGAAUUUUAAUUGGCUGCACAGGCAGCGUCGCCACAAUUAAGUUACCCCUACUUAUCGGAGAUUUGUUGAAAUAUAAUGAAAAUAUAACCAUUAGGGUUAUCGUCACGAAGCAUGCCAAACAUUUUUUUAAUGUCAAAAAGAUUGGCCAGGAUGUUGAUAUUUUCAAUGAUGAAGAUGAAUGGUUAGCUUGGAGUAAUAGAGGCGAUCCAGUGCUACAUAUCGAGUUAGGAAAAUGGGCGGAUCUUUUCCUAAUUGCUCCUUUGGACGCAAAUACUCUUGCCAAAAUAUCAAAUGGAAUUUGCGAUAACUUGCUCACGUCAACUAUCAGGGCAUGGGAAAUGACAAAGCCUUUGAUAUUUUGUCCAGCAAUGAAUACAAAAAUGUAUCAACACCCUUUAACCUUGGUCCAGAUUUCAUUGUUGAAAUCUUGGGGGUAUUUAGAAAUUCCGGUAAUUGAAAAAGUGCUUGUAUGUGGUGACAAGGGACUUGGAGCUAUGGCCGAUGUUUCUACUAUAGUUAGUUUUGUUAUUAAUUGUUGUAAAAAUAGGGCCUUGUUGGUUUGAAAAAUAAAUGUCUU